AUGGCUAUACCGCUCUUGGGAAGACUGAAUCUAUUAGAAUGGCCUUUGGUUAUUAUAUCUUUUCUAUUUGCUUAUAUUGAAUUCAUAAUAUCAAUAAUAACAAAAUGUUUACCAAAUUCAAUAAUUCAUUUAUUUACAAAUUUAUUAAAUCAAUUUUAUACUUUCUUUAUCCUUUCACCAAAUGAUCAAGAAAUUUUAGCUAUCCCCAAGACAAAAGAAUAUAUUGAUAUGUUAAAAUUAAGAAAUCAAAUUAAAAAUUGUGAAUCUAUAUUAGAUAUUGGUGCUAUAUUUGGUUAUGAAAUUGAUGAUCAUAUAGUGGAAACAAGAGAUGGUUAUCUACUUUGUCUUCAUAGAAUAAAACCAAAACAACAAGGCGCUCCAAUUGUUUAUCUUCAUCAUGGGUUAUUAAUGUGUUCAGAUAUUUGGUGUACAAAUAUUGAAAAACAUAAAAAUUUACCAUUUUUAUUACAUGAUUUAGGGUUUGACGUCUUUAUUGGUAAUAAUAGAGGUAAUAAAUAUUCAACAAAACAUAUUAGAUUAAAACCAAAUGAUAUUAAAUUUUGGGACUUUAGUAUUGAUGAAUUUGCUAUAUAUGAUAUUCCAGAUUCAAUUAAUUAUAUCUUGAAUUAUACAAAUCAAAAAUCAUUAACUUAUAUUGGAUUCAGUCAAGGUUCUGCUCAAGCAUUUGCUGCAUUAUCAAUUAAUCCUUUAUUAAAUAAACAAAUUAAAUUAUUUAUUGCCCUUUCACCUGCAAUGACUCCAAGAGGGUUACAUCAUAAAGUUGUUGAUGCAUUAAUUAAAACUUCACCAAAUAUAAUGUAUCUGAUUUUUGGUAAAAAAACUUUAUUACCAACUGCAUCUUUUUGGGAAUCAAUAAUUUAUCCUCCAUUAUUUGUUAAAAUUAUUGAUUUAUCAAAUGAAAUUUUAUUUAAUUGGAAAUCUAAAAAUAUUAAUUUUAAUCAAAAAAUUUCAAGUUAUUCACAUCUGUAUUCUCCAACUUCUGUUAAAUCAAUUGUUCAUUGGUUUCAAAUAAUUAGAAAUUCAAAUUUUCAAAUGUUUGAUGAAGAUUUAUCAAUAACAAACACUUUUUCAAAACCUUUUAAAACUCCAAAUUUCCCUUCAAGAACAAAUAUUAAAGUUCCAAUUAGAUUAUUAUAUGGUACAAUAGAUUCUUUAGUUGAUAUUGAUGAAAUGUUAAAAUUAUUACCUACAGAUGAUAUAAAAGCUAUUGGAAUCGAUGAACAUGAACAUUUAGAUUUAAUUUGGGGUGAUGAUAUUGAAGAAUUAGUUUAUCCUCAUAUAUUAAAAUUUUUAGAUAUUAAAAAUCAAAUUGUUGGUGAUUUAGAAAAUGAAAAAGUUUCAAGUUUUUAA